UGAACCUCACAAUUCAGACUCCUUGCUGCGACUCGGGAAGCUCUUGAUCAGUCAAGGCAAAGGCAAUUGCCACAACAACAAAAAUGUGCGAUUGGGAAGAGUUUCUCUUCGCAUGCAAUCACUCGACCCUCCGCCUCAAGUCAUACUGCCACUUUGCUCGCAACGACCCUAAUCAUCAAUGUUUUGGCGUCAAGGUCCUUCGCAAGUCAUGGAGACAAUGCGUUCCUUGUGACAACUGUGCUAUCACUUGCCGGGCAAGUGAAUCUCAGACACAGCAUAACUACAAUCAGGAACAGUCUUUGCAAAGACAUGGCGGAUAAGUUUGAAGGCUUCCGAUCAGUUAUGAGUUUUGGGUUAUCAAUGUUUUACGAGUGCUGUUGGCUGAGGAUUUCAUCUUGUUC